CCAGUGUUUUCAAGCUUCCUAUAAUACCGAUCCUUCUUCCUGAAUAUGUUCAUCAGAAUGGUUUCAGUUAAAGUGUUUUGCUUUCUCUUACCUUCAUUCAUCUUGCAGCUCUUCUUGGUUGGAGCUGAAAAAUGCCCACUUUCAGUUAACUGUGGAAAUCUAGGAGAGGAAAUUCAUUUCCCUUUCACGAGCUCAGAUCACCCAGAUUGUGGCUUAUUGAUCAUUCUUGGCUGUGGUGAUAAUGACCCAAAUACCAAAAAAACCAUCAAGUACAAUGAAAAAUGGUUUGAUGUUGUCGAACUCAACCAGACUUCCUUUACCAUCAGAGACGAUGAUCUCCACGACUUUUUACUGUCACAUAGCUGUAAUGUCUUCAACCAUUCUCUCCCUUUUAGUUCAAAUUCUAGUUUUGCUUCUUAUUCUUUGAAAUAUAAAGUAAACUUGUUCAAUUGCAAAAACAACACCGUCAAUCUGGAUCCCCCGGAAUCAUACUCUAUGUUCAAUUCCUGCUCUGAAGAAAUUAUCUUUUAUAAAAAUUCAUCUUCUGAUGAUGAUGAGGGCCGGAGCUUUUUCAAAUCUUGUAAAACUCUUCAGCUUCCAAUCUCAAACACCACUGCGAUUGUGAAACCUGAUUUCCAGGACAAGAGCCCUUUUGAUUUCUUAUCUGGUGAGAUUACCAUCGAUAUAGAUUUAUCCCCAGAUUGUUCUAGUUGUUACUACAUUGAAGGAGGACAAUGUCGACAGGACCUCAAGGGAAGGUUUUAUUGUGCCAAAGAGAAAACCAGAAAGGACAGGCGUGUAGUUAUAGCAGUUUCAGUUUCUGGAGCACUAGGAAUACUUUUGGUUUUGGGUUUCUUCUUGAGAAGACGCUUUUACAACAAACCAAACCCUACCCACUUAUUGAUUGAGAAGUUUCUUGAAGAACAUGGACACCUUACAGCCAAAAGGUACAAUUAUAUGGAGGUCAAGAAGGCCACAAACUCCUUCAGAAACAAGUUGGGUCAAGGAGGAUUUGGCAGUGUCUACAAAGGGAAGCUAAGCGAUGGAACUCUUGUGGCUGUGAAGGUAUUAACUGAGCUAAACGGUGAUGGCGAAGAAUUCAUCAAUGAAGUUUCCAGCAUAAGCGUGACUUCUCAUGUCAACAUCGUUAGCUUACUGGGCUUUUGUUUGGAGGGUUCUAAAAGAGCUCUGAUAUAUGAGUACAUGUCUAAUGGAUCUAUUGACAAGUACAUUCAUGAACAGAAAGAUCCAUCAAAGCUCAAUCUCCAGCUGACUUGCAAAGCUAUGUACAAUAUUGCCGUUGGCGUUGCUCGUGGAUUAGAGUAUCUGCACAGAGGUUGCAACACUAGAAUCUUGCAUUUGGACAUCAAGCCUCACAAUAUAUUGCUUGAUGACGAUUUCUGUCCUAAGAUAUCAGACUUUGGACUCGCAAAAAUCUGCCCGAAGAAAGACAGUAUUGUAUCGUUGUUAGGAGCAAGAGGAACGGCAGGAUACAUAGCGCCUGAAGUGUUUUCUAGAAACUUUGGGGGGGUGUCUCAUAAAUCCGAUGUUUACAGCUAUGGAAUGAUGAUGUUAGAAAUAGUGGGAGGAAGGAAGAAUAUGAACAUGGAAGUUGAAGGUUCAAGUGAAAUAUUCAUGCCCCACUGGAUGCACCAGCGUCUGAAAGCAAACCAGGAGUUGAGAUUGCAGUGCAUCAAGAAUGAGAAGGAUAGAGAAGUGAUGAAGAAGAUAGUGAUAGUGAGCUUAUGGUGCAUACAAAUUGAUCCUUUGAAUCGGCCAGCGAUGAACAAGGUGGUGGAUAUGAUGGAAGGAGACUUGGAAUCAUUGGAAUUACCACAGUUGCCUGUUCUUUCUUUGCCUCCAACAACUCUCUCAAGGAGUGUCGUAAAUGAUAUUAUCUCCAGCAGCUUCCAUUCUAUCUCACUUAGUUCUUAAGUUUUAACAUAAUGGAAUUUGUGUGUAAUAGUUUUUAUUUUUUGGGACACAAGCUGAACGUUUGCGGGCAAGGAUCAAACCUGCAAGUUGUAUCACACGACAAGGCUUUGGAUGCAAUAAUUGAUGCAAAUGUUGGAAACUCUACUUUUUGGGUCAAUGCCAGGGUGCUGGACUACAAAAUGACAGGCUUAAAGUUUUGGGCUUAGAAAUCACAGAGUUCAUAAUUUUUCUGGACAUGUUUAAUGAACUGGGGGGUUAAGCUGAGAUUGCAAUGUCUUGUUUGGAAGCCCAAUUUCACAAGUUCUAGAAAACAAUCUCGGAUUCUCUGUUCUUUUUUUCUUUUUUUUUUUGUCUUUUUUUCUUGGAGCAGUACUUUUUUACCCUUCUUUCUCUCUCUUUCCUUUAACCAGUGUCCAGAGGUGCAGCAUUUUUGUCUAAA